AGUCGUCGUCGUAGUAGUGGCAUUGUAUCGUUCGUCUGCCUGCACCAAUUUCCAGGAAAUUCUAGUGGAGGGUAUUUUUCUCAAAACGCGCUGCUAAAUCACGUCAGUUUCCACUGUGCCUGUGCAUUAAGUGCUCGGAGUUGAAAAAAAAAUGCUUGGGAUUGAUUUAGAUGGGGUUUGCAGCCUCUUGAGUGCAUGAUGCGCUGUGGAAUCAGGUUAAGGUAGUUUUGCCUUCCAUCAGUCAUUUCUUUGUAGCUUUGAGCCCUGCUGGUUCCGGUGGCUGGUUGCUGUCUGACAAUUGAUGCAAACUCUCAGGUUACCGAUUCCUCCUGCGACCGAGUGUCUCUCAGUCUCGUGACUGCGUUUGCCCCGGAUUUAAUGGAUCGUUAAUGGGUCCCAUCACUUUAUAGCGCAGCCCAGUUUCUGUUACAUUUUAUUCUGUUGUUGAUUUUCAGCCGACGCGCAAAGCCGUCACAGAAGCUGUCAGGUUGCAGUAAAUACAGCGUCUAAGCUCGGACUCUGGGCGAAAAUGGCGAAAUAAUUCUUCUUGUGGACGUGUGGAGCGCAGGGCGGGGCGGGUGUCGAGGCACUCGUUCGCGGCGACUAUGGCAUCCGUACGGAAGGCAAUGUUGCAAGAGAAAGUCUUCGCUCCGAAGGGGGAGAAGCUAGUUCACGUCAUGCAAGUGAGGACUUCCGAAGAGAAUGAAGAACACUGCCUGUGCAUCGCAGUCACCAGGGAUGAGGAGGUGAUGAUUGUGUAUCUGAAAGUCCCCGCAAAUGGACUGAGGGAAAAAUGCCGAAGGCAGGAGGUUUGGUACUUGGAAGACCUGGUAUUGGUGGACGGAAGAGAUGCAACGAAAGACAACCCUCACCUUGACAUGCACUUUCAGACUCUCUGCACCUGGGAAGCCUCCAGUACAGCCGCUAAGUACACCUUCGUUCGAAGCUUAAAGAAAACCAACAAACUCUACCUGCAGAAGGACAUUCAGUUUGUGAAUUUCGACAGCGCUUACAUCCAGGAAACAGGCUUCUUUGGUGUCCCCGAGGAUACAAUACUUGUCAUACAACUGUGUCUGCAAGCCUUCAACUGUAUCUGUCUCCUUGGCUCUUUGUAGUGGCUAGAUCACUUAAAGGGACUACUGGAUAAUUUAUUAUAGAUUAUAAGCUGUAUUACUUUGUACUGAAUAGCAGAACCAGAGGACACGGCCUGCUAUUCAAUGGGGGAAAAUUCAGAACUAAUCUGCGGAAACGCUACUUCAGUGAGCGAGUAGUAUACGGGGCAAGGGCGGGUAAAGGGGUUGAGCUGCAGAUUAGCCAUGACCUUAUAGAAUGGCGGAACAGGCUCGAGGGGCUGAAUGGCCUCCUCCUGUUUCUAUGUAGUAAAACGUAUAGUACGGGCUCCCAAGGGAGACGGUGGAAGCAGAAAAGGGUCGAUUCUUUCAAGAACAAAUUAGAUAGAUUCUUGUAAGGAAGUAACAUCUCGGGGUACGGUGUAUACGGUGGUUUGGGACACGACAUGUCACGCGAGGGCCAGGCUGCUGGGAGGCGAACUGGAUGGACCUCGGUCUUCUUUCGCCUGAAAAUUCUUAUGAUUCUUAAAGCAAAUAAAGGUGUGAACAAAUAAGACUAUCA